AUAACCUCCACGCCCAACAACACAACAACUCUCCCAACAAAACAAGAUGGAUUGGUUCUCAUGGCUGUCGAGAACAAAUCUUGAACCUUGUCUCAUCCAAGAAUACGCUCUUUCCUUCUCCAAGAACGAGCUUGAACACGAAGACAUUGCUUACUUCAACCACGAGUUUCUCCAAAGCAUUGGCGUCUCCAUCGCCAAACACCGUCUCGAGAUCCUCAAACUCGCACGUCGAGAACGCAAGAGAUCUCCUCUUCUCACCUCUCGUUCCAUCUCUAAAGUCGUGGUUGCCAUCAAGAAAACAAGCAGGUGUGUCUCUGACCACGUACGCGCAUGGAUCCGCUGCGAAGAAGAGGAGGACUCUUCUCGAGCUCUGGUGCUUGUACCGAAGAGAAGUAGCAACAGCAGUGGGGUUGGGAAGUGGAGAGGAGGGUUUCUGAAGAGGAAGAAGAGAUCUGUGACGCCGAGCAGCAACGCAAAUGGUGGAGGAGUUCAUAAGCAGCAAGAGAUGUUGUUGUUGACCAACGGGACUCCUUGUAGAAUCGAUAGCUUCUCGAGUCCCAUGGUUUUUGAUUACAGUGUCAAGGAGGAGAUGGUUUAUGCGCAGAACAGCCAAGAUAGUUUUAUUGAAGAGAUCAAAUGGGACUCAAUGUUUCAGAAUCUGAAACCUACUUGAUGUUCUGUUUCUUGAUGGUGAGAGAUGAGGUUUUUAGAGUUCGUUCUUCCACCAGAAGUUUUGCAUCUGUUCUUUGUGCUUUCAGUGUGUGUAUGAUUAGUGUUGUUGUUAGGGCUAAUUAAAAAAAAAUUAAAAAAUAGGAUUUGAGUGCUGAGUGUGUCAGGUCAAGGUGAGUGUGGGUAAUCAUGUUGUGUAAUGAGUUUUGUCUCUUCAUUCUUUGCUGUUUGCCUAAGUCUUUGUUCCAGUCAAAAAAACAUAUUUACAGCUUUUACUUUUUUUACCACUUUUU